CCUGGAUCGGCAACUCCUCGAUGUUUGUGACCACCGCUAGGUGGCAGUGGUGUCGAGCGCUAAGGACGCGGGGGAGCGGGUGCUAUUCAAAACAAUGGUCGGCGUCGCGUCGUAGGAUCGUUUGCCUUGUUUUUUGAAAAGUUAAGCCCCUUUGGAGCAGAUUGGAAGGUUUCAGAAGAUGGAGGAAGAUGGCAAGGAUUUGUUAAAAAUGUCUUCGGUGGAAGAAAGUGCUCCAAAGCGUCGGCGAUCCACCUGCCCAACCAGUCCGGGAGCUGAGGCACUUCUGAACCUGGACAGCUCGCUGACAGACCUGUUCAACUUCUCUCCGGCGGCUGUCGCGUCCACCCCAGAGUCUGGGGCCCAGCAGCCGGUAGUAUCGGCGUCUCCCACAUCCAUCUGCAGUCCACCAGCCCAGACCGGUGCCGAACCCAGCGCUGCUGCACCGCUCACCUCGCCAGUGCUGUGUCGGAAGACGUCCUCGGUCUCGCGUCGGCGGCCAUGCCGGGUGAGGUCGACACCCAGCCCAGCCGGCCGCGGCACCGCCAGCCCGCCGCCGGCCGACUUCUCUCAGGAGCCGAGCCAGCUGACUCCUCGUCCGCGCUCCGUGCCGGCCAUUGAGCGGCUCCGGCGGCGUCUGGCUGCCUCCAGUCAGUCGCAGUGGGGCGCCGCCUCCCCGUCACUACCCCUCCCGUCCUACGGCGUCAGCCCGGCGCUGGUCUCACAGAUCAGUGGAGCCCCAUCCUCGUGUGAGGCGGAGAGCCAGCGGCGGCGGGCGGCGCUGGUUCGGGCCGCCGAGACGGAGCUGCCGCCGUGCUCCGCCGUGGGCCCGUUCCAUGGCCUUCCGUCGCUGGUGCAGACUCUGUUGGCCAAGCAGCGCGGCAUCACGGCGCUGUACGAGUGGCAGGAGGAGUGUCUGCGACUGCCGGCCGUGCUGAAGCGCGACAACCUCGUCUACAGCCUGCCGACCAGCGGCGGCAAGACGCUGGUGGCCGAGCUGCUCAUCCUGAAGGAGGUGCUCUGCCGACAUCGUGACGCUGUGCUCGUGCUGCCCUACGUGGCCAUCGUCCAGGAGAAGGUCCGAGCGCUAGCUCCCUUCGGCAUCGCUCUGGGUUUCCUGAUCGAGGAGUACGCGGGAAGUCGCGGGGCUUUCCCGCCCGUGAAACGCAGAAAACGCCGUGUGGUGUACGUGUGCACGAUCGAGAAGGCCAGCGGUCUGGUAAGCAGUCUACUGGAGGCCGACCGGAUCUCGGAGCUCGGUCUGGUCGUGGUCGACGAGGUCCAUAUGCUCGGAGAGUCGGGAGGACGCGGCGCCACCCUGGAGAUUCUCAUCACCAAACUGAAGGCGGCAGCGCCCGAGGCGCACCUAGUGGGUAUGAGCGCCACCAUUGGCAACAUGGACGACCUGGCCGCCUUCCUCGAGGCACAGGUGUACCAGGGCCAGUUUCGGCCCGUCCAGCUGCGCGAGCACGUGCUGCUCGACGGUCAGCUGCUGGAGGUGACCGGACCGGCGCCCAAGGCGCCCCCGCUCGACGCGGACGACUGGCGGGCGCUGCUAACGCCACGACGCACGCCGCUGUUCCAGUACACGGAGCAGCAGCGUCAGCGGGACCCGGACGGCGUAGGCGGCCUGGUCGCCGAGGUAGUCCCCGCAAACUCCUGUCUCGUCUUCUGCCCUACGCGCAAGAACUGCGAGGCCGUCGCUCGGCUCAUCUGCUUAGCGCUGAAGAGUGAGCUGAAGGAGCACGUGCUGGACAAGAAGAAAUCACUGUACGCCGCGCUGGUGACCGAGGGAGGCGGCACGGUGUGUCCUGUCCUCAGACAGACCCUGCCCUACGGCGUGGCGUACCACCACUCAGGUCUGACCACUGACGAGAGGAAGCUGCUGGAGGAGGCCUACCUGGAGGGUACCCUGUGCUGUCUCUGUUGCACCUCCACGUUAGCGGCCGGGGUGAACCUGCCGGCCAAACGGGUGGUGCUGCGGUCGCCGUACACGGGCUCAGCCUUCCUCAGCCGGGGCCGGUACAAGCAGAUGGUGGGACGGGCUGGCCGAGCGGGCAUCGAUGAUUCGGGAGAGUCGAUCCUCAUCGUUUCGCCCCGCGACGCGAAACUGGUGGGACAGCUGCUGACCGCUCCCAUGGAGCGGUGUGUUUCCACACUGCUGGAGCAGGACGGCCACGGCCUGAGGCGUCUGCUGCUGUCCGCCGUGGCUCUGGGUCUGGCCGACUCGCCGGCGGCGCUGGUCCGUCUGCUGGGCCGCACACUGCUGGCAAAACAGGCAGAGACGCUAAAGGUGGACCUCACCGCGCUCGUCACCGACACUGUGGCUGCGCUGAGGAGCGAGCGACUACUCCGGAUCAGUCGGAGGGACGGCGGCACGAACACGGCCAACCCUCAGCCAGUUGCUGCUCUGGAGACAGCCUCCGAACGUGAUGCCAACACUGACGCCGCCCGUGACUCCGCCCUUGACGCCGCCCGUGACGCCGAUCGUGACGCCGCCCGUGACUACGAUCCGGGCGAGAUCUCGGCGGAGGAGCUGGCCGCUGACGGGCGGGCCUGGUCGGAGACGUGGCAACUGAAGGUCAGCCGACUCGGCACGGCUGCCGUUAAAGGAAACGUGGACCUGCGACUGGCCGGUCGCCUGUACGCUGACCUGUCUCGAGCUCAGGCGGCUCUCGCUGUGAUCAACCAGCUGCACUUGCUGUACCUGGUGACGCCGUACGAUAUGAUGGACUUUAUCCAGCCGUGCGCCGUCACCUACCUGGAUAUGUACUCUGCUCUGAACGAGGAGGAGGCGGCCGUGGCCAGACUGAUUGGGGUCACGGAGGCGCAGAUUGUCCGCAUGAUGUCCGGCAAAAAGGCGUCCUCCAUGCCGGUGGCGCACCGUUUCUACCUAACUCUCGUCGUGUACGAGGCGCUUCGUGGCGGCUCCCUCUGGGACGCGGCCCACCGCUGUCAGCUGCAGCGAGGUCAGCUGCAGGCGCUGCUGCAGUCCACCGGCGCCUUCUCGGCGGCUGUGCUCCACUUCUGCCGCCAGCUGGACGAGCUGUGGCCGUUCGUACAGCUGCUGGAUGUGUUUAACAGGAAGCUGGCCACCGGAGCUGCCGCUGAGCUGGCCCAGCUGCUCGAACUGCCCGCCGUGAAACAGGGCCGGGCGCGGGCGCUGUACGCCGCUGGCUACCGGACCCUCGCCGACGUGGCCAACGCCGAUCCCGAGGCCCUGGUGCGGACCCUGGACCACCUGCCGCGCCGCGUCGCCCGGCAGAUCGUCGACUCGGCUAAGAUGCUGCUGUUGGAGAAGGCGGAGGCUCUCCAGGAGGAGGCCGAGUUUCUGUUGGACGGCAUCAAGUCAGCCCAGUUCCACUCUUCGCCCGGUCUGGGGGAGGUGCUGCUGAACUCUGCUCGAGUGGACCAGGCGACAGAGCCGCCCCGGGAGGUGGCCGACCCGGCGACCGGUCCUCCGCAGCAGGCGACAGGCGGGGCAAGGACAGACGCGCCGCCGGAGACCGCUGUCACCGAGACGGUCAGUAAGUGAGCGGGCUCCCGUGAUAGUUUACCUCGGAGAGGGCUGGGUCGGUGGUACAGCAGAGUCAGAGGCUAGCGUGUUACUAGUCUGCGCGGCGUAGCUCAGAUCGUUAACGGAGCUCAGCGGCCCACUCAGGCCUGUGUGAUGUGAUGGCUGUGUUAGUUUACAACCCUCGGUGUUUUCUCAUCCCAGAGUUUUUUUUUUCUGAACGCGGGGCCUUGACUGUGGUGUGUGAUGUAGUAUGAGUGUAAUGGUAGGGGGGGGGGAAGAUUUGUCCCUUUUUUGGACGAACUGGCAGACCCUCGCGUGCGAGCUUGACGGUGGCAAAUCGUCAGAUCUCAUCCAUUGCGAGUCAUUGUGUGAGUGUUUAUGGCCAUAUAUGUGUUCAGAUAAUUAUUAUACAGGACUGCCGGCUAAUGCAUGAUACAAAUUACAAACUGC